CGCUCUGGUGGCGCCAUUUUGGUUCUAACGUGCCUUGCUUUUCAGUGUAAAGCGACCCUCUCUGUAGAUCCAAGAUGGCACCAGUUUCCUUGCGUAUUAGAAAGGCUUCUGGUAAUCAGUCGACUGGAGCAAUGGCGUCCGCCAGUACGGGCAGCAGGGUGUCCUGCGGGAGAGAUUUGGACUGCGUGCCGGAGAUAGCUGACACGUUAGCCGCGGUGGCAAAACUUGGGUUCGACUUCCUGUGCAUGCCUUUAUUCCAUCCGAGAUUCGGGAGGGAGUUCGAGUUGGAGCCCGCUAAAUCCCGCCCCGGUGCACAGACCCGCUCAGACCUGCUGCUGUGUGGAAGAGAUUGGGGUACUCUCAUAGUUGGGAAACUUUCUCCAUGGAUCCGUACAGACUCCGAAAUCGAGUCAGAGCGCCGGAACUCAGAGGAGGCUCUUGCCCAAGAGCUGAACUUCUCAGCCUACCUGGGUCUCCCCGUCUUCAUGGUUCCUCUGAUGGGCCCUCAGAAUGCCAACCUGGCCCGACUGCUGCUGAACCACAUCCACACGGGUCACCACACCUCAAAUUUCUGGAUACGUGUCCCAUUGAUGGCAGCAGAAGACACCAGAGAAGACCUGAUUGAGAACGAACCGUUCUCUUGUGCCGAUGAGACGACUGUCGAUGAGAAGACGUGGAACUGGUGGCACACAUUUCGCACUCUUUGUGACUACAAUAAGAGGAUCUGCCUCGCUAUUGAAAUCGGUGCAGACAUGCCGUCAGACGCAGUGAUCGAUAAAUGGAUGGGAGAGCCCAUCAAAGCUGCCAUACUUCCCACAAGCAUCUUCCUGACAAACAAAAAGGGCUUUCCCGUCUUGUCCAAAGCCCACCAAAGAGUAGUCUUUCGCCUUUUUAAGCUGGAGGCCCAGUUCAUCUUCACAGGCACCAGUCGGCACACUGAGAAGGACUUUAGGUCCUACCUGCAAUACCUUGAAUACCUCAACCAGAACAGGUCUGCCCCCAACGCAUAUGAGCUCUUUGCCAAAGGCUAUGAGGACUACCUGCAGUCCCCUCUACAGCCCCUCAUGGACAAUUUGGAAUCACAGACUUAUGAAGUGUUUGAGAAGGAUCCCACCAAAUAUUCUCAAUAUCAAAAGGCGGUCUGUAAAUGUUUGUUGGACAGAGUACCAGAGGAGCAGAAAGACACUAAUGUUCAGGUGCUGAUGGUGUUGGGAGCAGGCAGGGGCCCUCUGGUCAACGCGUCCCUGCGCGCCGCCAGUCAGGCCAACAGGAAGUUGAAGGUGUAUGCCGUGGAGAAAAACCCAAACGCCGUGAUCACGUUAGAAAACUGGCGCUUUGAGGAGUGGGGCGACCGGGUGACCGUGGUGUCAUCUGACAUGCGUGAGUGGGAAGCCCCAGAAAAAGCCGACAUCAUCGUCAGCGAGCUCCUCGGAUCCUUUGGAGACAACGAGCUCUCCCCAGAGUGUUUAGACGGAGCGCAGCACUUCCUCAAAGACGAUGGAGUCAGCAUUCCCUGCUCCUACACGUCUUUUCUGGCUCCGCUGUCCUCCUCCAAGCUUUACAAUGAAGUCAGAGGGUGCCGGGAACGCGACAAGAGUCCCGAGUGCCACUUUGAGACACCGUACGUCGUCCGCCUUCAUAACUUCCACGAGCUGGCCGACCCCAAACCGUGUUUCACCUUCACUCACCCCAAAACAGACAUGAACAAUAACCGGUAUCAGUGCCUCAGGUUUUCAGUGGGUUGUAACUCGGUGCUCCACGGCUUCGCCGGCUAUUUUGAGACGACGCUGUACAAAGACAUCACACUCAGCAUAAAACCUGACACACACUCUCCUGGAAUGUUCUCCUGGUUCCCCAUUCUGUUCCCUCUCAAACAACCGAUCUCCAUAGCGCGGGAUGAGGAAAUCGCAGUGCGGUUUUGGCGCUGCAACAACGGGAAGAAAGUUUGGUACGAAUGGGCCGUGACGGAGCCGUCCUGCUCUGCCAUCCAUAACCCGGCAGGACGCUCCUACACCAUCGGCCUGUGAAGACGACGAGCCUGUAGGGGGAUGGUUCAAAUCUGGCCAGUCUGCACCUUCAUAUAUAUAAAGAUGAAGUUUGGACUUGGAGCCUUUUGAAUAUGCAAAGGAAACUGACCGGAUGAGUCCACCAUUCUUGUUUUUGUUCGGUUUGAGCGUGUGUGUGUGCUCAUCUGAACACACUCUUUUGGUUGCUGUGAGAUUGGCUCAUUUAGAACAGGUCCGAUGUUUAACAGAAUCCCACCCCUAACGUGUAGAACCCCAGAUGUUCCACUCCAGCUGAACCUUUGCCUUAUCCAGCACACAUUCCACGAAAGGACGCCAUUCUAUCAACAAGCAGUCAUGACUGUUCACUUUGUUUACGUAUAUUUGAACUGUCCCAAUAAAGCAACGUUUGUUUAGUGUGUAUGGGA